AUGACAAAGAUCGUAGGUGAUAAGUCGGGAUUAGGAUUUUGGAAUAUAAUUGAUGAUGGUACCUCGAGACUUUCCAGUACCGAAUAUCAUCAGGCUUACAUCAAAGUGCUAAAAAUGUACAUCACGCGUUGCUUGAUAAGUCCAGUUGCCCAAGGUACAUGUGGUGCUUGGUCCAAUGAUUCGAGAUUAUUUGUUAAAAAUUCGGAAACAUAUUGUUAUAAAUAUCCUUUGGAAUAUGACUAA